AUGGGGCCCUGGCAUCUCACCGACAAUGACGACCCCAAGUCGCCCGCCAUUCCCGCAGACCUCCCCCUGUCCUUGAACGACCGGAGACAUGCCCCGUUGGAAGACUAUGUAGCGGAAACAGAGAUGUACGAUGGCUGGCAAGGUCAAUCUCAGUUCCUCACAACGCCGGCGCUGGCCAAACCCCUCGGUUUCGGGAAUCUUUCUCUGAACGACGACGACUUUGGGCCCGAUGCCGGCAAGGGCCCCAGGGAUAGCGAUGCGCGGCUUAUGGAAAUGCUUCAAGCGCAGGCUGCGGCUCACCAGGCCGGGCACGGACUCGAAGAUGAACAAACCAUUGUCAAUGACGAGAAGCUCUCGGAUUCGGAAAAGAAGGAUAGACUGCAAAAGGCCCUGACAAUGGCGGCAAGCAAUGGUGACGCCCCCCAAGUCAGAAGAUUACUCGAUGGAAUCGCCAAGGCCUAUCUCGACGUCAAUGCUGCCGACGAAGACGGAACGCCGCCUUUGAUAUAUGCCAGCUGCUUCGGACAUGAAAGUGUGGUAAAGGCCCUUAUCGAAGCCGGCGCCGAUGUCAACAAGCAGGAUCAGAGCCAGUGGUCUGCCCUGAUGUGGGCCAUGACGAACCGCCACAAGGGAAUCGCGAAACUGCUGCUGGAUCACGGCGCCUCUUCCGAUCAGAAGACGUCUUCUGGACGCACAGCCUUUGACUUUGUCCCUCCCGAUAGCGACAUGUCCUUUUACCUGCACGACAAUGGAUACAACAUCGGGAAUGCCGGCAUGGGCGACGACUUUUACAACCCCGGCUUUUCACAAGACCGCUUCGAGGAAGAAAUGGCCGAGAAUGAAAUGCGGAGGAGGUUGAUGAUGGACAGCGCCAGAGACUUGGAGGUUGAUUUGGGUAACGUGGGCUUAGACGACCAGCCAGAGCCGGUUGAUGAGUUUGAGGAAGAGCAACAAGAGUUCGACUGGAGCCGCUGCUUGCAUGACCAAAUGUUUGUCUUUCAGGAACACGAGCUCGACCGGAUACUAGACAUCAUCGUCACCAAGAUGACGCCGCAGCGUUCGCCGUCGCAGAAACCCGUGCCGGCCAACAUGAUCUUCUUGAGCGCGCGAUACGCGCAUUAUCAUGCCAACCCGGAGCUGCUGGAGAAGCUCCUCGUCACGGCCAUAGACUUGAUCAAUGACGUGGUCGAACGAUGCCAGUGGGACAUGACCAUACUGGCGUUUUGGAUCUCCAACGCCACGCUUUUGCUGCACCAUCUCAAAAAGGACGCCGGGCUGGUCGAGGCCACAACCGAGUUCCAGGCCCACCUCGCCGAGCUCAUCAACGAGAUUUUCAUUCUGAUAGUCCGCGACGCCGAACGACGCCUGGACAAGGUGCUCGACGCGGCCAUGCUGGACCACGAGACGAUUCCCGGUUUCGAGGACAUUACGUUUCAGAACGAGUGGAAGCUCUUCAAGCGCAAGGCAACAGUCAAGGAGCAGCCGCUCGAGAAGAGGUUCCGGCCGCCGUCGCCGAAGCAGCGCGCGAAACCCGCCCCGCGCAACGUCACGUCGCUCCUCUCGUCCACCCUCUUCGUCCUGGACCUCUACGACAUCCACUCGGUGAUUACGUCCCAGAUCGUCUCCCAGCUGCUGUACUGGAUCGGGGCAGAGCUCUUUAACAGGAUCAUGUCCAACCGCAAGUACCUGGCGAGGACGAAGGCGAUGCAGAUCCGCAUGAACGUGUCCAUCCUCGAGGACUGGGCCCGGUGCAACAACCGGCAGGCGGAGCACUACGAAGGCGGGGACACAAGGGCGUCGGGCGAGACGACCAUGGACGCGGCCAGGCGGUUCCUGGCCCCCGUCAUCCAGCUCCUGCAGUGGCUGCAGUGCUUCUCGUCCCUCGACGCCGGCGACCUGGAAGCGCUGGUGAGCACGCUGCAGCAGCUAAAGAGGCUGACGCCGCAGCAGCUCAUCCACGCGGCCGCCCACUACCGACCCGAGGUGGGCGAGAAGGGGCUCCCGAAGAGCGCGACAAAGCACCUCUUGGCCAUGCAGAAGGAGGCGGCGCUCAAGCGGGACCGGCGCCGCAGCCGGGCGCCCUCGCCGCAGCCCAAGACGGGCCAGGGCCAGGGCGGCAGCGGCAGCAGCCCCACCACGCCCGUCAAGGGCAAGGUAAACGGCAACGGCGGGGACAACCUGCUCGACACGCCCGGGAGCGCGCUCAGCUGCACGGACGAAGGGCCGGGCGCAGACGGUGGCGCAGACGGCGGCGGCGGCGGCGACAACGGCAACGGCAACGGCAAUAGCAACGACGAUGGCAACGGCAACGACGACGACGACGACGACGACCCGGAGCACCUGCUCAUGGACCCUGCGCUCAUGCUGCCGUUUACGCUGCCAUCCGUGACCGACAUGCUGGUCUCGUACGGGGCCGGGUUCGGGGGCGUCAACAGGGAGCGCGAGAGAAAGUACAUUCCUUCCGUGCCGGCCGAGUUCCUGGAGAAGCUGGAAAUCAGCGGCGUGCGGAAGGAGCCCAUGUUUGAGGAGAAGGACUGGGAGAAUGAGCAAGUAUGA